GGGACAAAUAGCUGUGUGUGUCAGACAUGCUUCUGCUAACAUUACCUCUCAUCAAACUCAGCACUUUACUGCUCAUUACCAAGCCUCACUAACUACCUGGACAUUACCAGCCUUGUCAAGAAAUACAAGAACUGUCUUUCUCAUUGAAGUGAGUAGAGGUGAAGUAAAAAUCUAAAUCAGGUCAUCAUGUGUACGGGUAAAUGUGCUAAAUGCACCGCAGACCUCCUCUUCCCACUCGGUCUCUUAGCCGUGGUCGGAAACAUCUUGCUGUUUUUUCCCAAUGGUGAGGUGUGGAGGACCGAAGAGAUCACCGAGAACAUCUGGUUCUUCCCCGGGGUGAUCGGAGGAGGACUGCUGGCGUUUCUGCCGGCGUCUGUGAUGAGGGCCGCUGGUCUGGAGGGCAGCUGCUGCGCAAACAGAUGUGGGAUGAUGCUGUCCAUGCUGAUGUCUGUGUUGGGUGUAGCCGGAGCUCUGUACUGUAUGAUCGUCUCUGUCGUCGGCCUGCAGGACGGCCCUCUGUGUGACACAGGAGACGGGAUCUUCAUCUACCCCUUUCUAAACAGCACUGCAGAAGAGAGUUACCUGUUUAACCAGACGUCAUGGACCGUGUGCGUGCAGCCGCACAAUGUGGUCAUGUGGAACGUGGUCCUGUUUUCCAUUCUCUUGAGCAUCGGGACGCUGGAGGCUGUGCUUUUACUGGCACAGGUAAUCAACGGACUGAUCGGAUGUCUCUGUGGGACCUGCAUGAACAAGAAUCAGCCAACGCUGAUGGAAUGAAGACACAAGAACACACUCCAGUCUGUGCAGAAAUACACAAAACACAAUGACAUACAGAAACAUACAGAAACACAUGUGUGAAAUACACUGAGGUUCCCAUUGACAGUUAUGGUUAGAGGUCAAUCUUCAUGCUUACCUUUUUAUCAAAAAAUUGCAUAUUGAAUUCAUAAUCACCAUCUCAUAAAAUCACUAUCAUAAAAUGUUUUCUUGUGAGACCAGGUUGCAAUAUUUCAGACACAUGACAUUUAUAUAACCCUGUAAUAUUCAGCUAUCAAAUAUAAUAAACAUAUUUCCCAAGUUU